AUGUAUACUAAACAAGGUUUAUCUGAUACAGCCGCCUCUAAGGUGGAACUAUUCUGGCUUGCACAGUUUUCCAUGAAGCAGAGGGACGGUUUUGUUGUCGGAAAAUCCAGUGUUUGUGUUGUUUGGCGCUUCAAAGAAGCGGCAAGGAUUUCAACCAUGAGUGAGUUCCGGAUUCAUCAUGAUGUGAGUGAAUUGCUCAGUUUGCUUCGUGUUCGUGGAGGGGAUGGAGCGGAAGUGUACAUUGACCUGUUACAGAAGAACAGAACUCCAUAUGUCACCACAACAGUUUCUGCACACAGUGCUAAGGUAAAAAUAGCAGAGUAUUCCAAAACACCAGAAGACUUUCUCAAAAAAUAUGAUGAACUGAAGUCAAGAAAUGUGAGGAAUCUAGAUCCUCUGGUCUAUCUGUUAUCCAAGCUAACUGAGGAUAAGGAGACCCUGCAGUACCUCCAACAGAAUGCCAAGGACAGAGCAGACAUUUCUGCCAAUGCUACAGCCUCCACUACCACCAACUUCCAUAUCCCUCAAACUAGCACAAAAAUGUCUAUCCAGGAACUGGAGGAGCUGAGGAAGAAGCUUGGUAAUGUCACAGCCAGCUCCAACUUACAGCAGCCUUUGGAAGUAACAAGGAAGAUGCUUCGAGAAAAGCACAAUAAGAAAAACCCUGUGCAGCCCAUCCCGGUGUUUCCAAACUGGGUAUAUGAGAGACCAGCCCUUAUUGGGGAUUUCCUUACUGUAUCCAGUGGAAGCACUGAUACAACUGUGCCUAUAGAUACCAUGGCAUUAGCUGCCCAGGAGCUUGCACUAGUGGAAGACCUGUUGUACCUACUGAUUGGUGUAGAUGGCCGAUACAUCACAGCUCAGCCUGUCCAAGGCAGACAGAAUCGGUCCUUUUCAGUGGACCCAACUCUAGACAUGUCAAUCAAGGAGCUUGUAAACAGGAUUCUGCCUGUUGCAGUGAGCUACUCCACAAUCAGUCGAUUUAUUGAAGAGAAGUCCUCUUUUGAGUAUGGCCAAAUCAACCAUGCACUAGCUGCUGGGAUGAGGACACUGAUGAAGGAGUACAUGAUCCUGGUGACACAGCUGGAGCAUUUGCAGAGACAGGGGAUGCUUUCUCUCCAGAAACUUUGGUUUUAUAUCCAGCCAACGAUGAGAACAAUGGAAAUUUUAGCUUCCCUUGCUACCUCAGUAGAUAAAGGAGACUGCAUGGGCGGAUCUACAUUAAGCCUUCUGCAUGAUCGAACCUUCAACUACACAGGAGACAGUCAGGCCCAGGAGCUGUGUCUGUAUCUGACAAAAGCAUCCAGUGUUCCUUAUUUUGAAAUUCUUGAGAAAUGGAUCUACAGAGGGAUUAUAAAGGACCCUUACAGUGAAUUCAUGGUGGAAGAGCAUGAGCUGCAAAAGGAAAAGAUUCAGGAGGACUAUAAUGACAAAUAUUGGGAUCAGCGAUACACAGUCGUGCAACACCGAAUCCCAGCCUUCUUACAAAAAAUGGCUGACAAAAUAUUAAGUACAGGUAAAUAUCUGAAUGUGGUAAGGGAGUGUGGUCGUGAUGUUACUUGCCCUGAGGCCAAAGAGAUCCUCUAUACGCUCAAAGAAAAGGCAUAUGUGGAGCAAAUUGAAAAAGCUUACAAUUAUGCCAGCAAGGUUCUUCUGGAUUUCUUGAUGGAAGAGAAGGAGUUAGUGGCACGCCUACGGUCUAUAAAGCACUACUUCCUGAUGGACCAGGGGGAUUUUUUUGUCUCCUUCAUGGACCUCACAGAAGAGGAAUUGAAGAAACCAGUAGAUGACAUUAUACCUACUAGGCUUGAAACCUUACUGGAAUUAGCUUUGAGAAUGAGCACCGCCAACACAGACCCGUUUAAAGAUGAUUUGAAAAUUGAUCUCAUGCCACAUGAUGUUAUCACCCAGCUGCUUCGUGUUCUAGCUAUCGAAACAAAGCAGGAAAAAGCAAUCAUCAACGCAGAUCCCACUGAGAUUGCCCUUAGUGGGCUGGAGGCUUUCUCCUUUGAUUACAUUGUAAAAUGGCCACUGUCCCUGAUUAUCAAUAGGAAAGCUUUAACCAGAUACCAGAUGCUGUUCAGGCACAUGUUUUAUUGCAAGCACGUGGAAAGGCUCCUCUGCAAUGUGUGGAUCAGCAAUAAAAAUGCAAAGCAAUAUUCCUUGCAUUCUGCUAAAUGGUUCGCAGGAGCUUUUACUUUGAGACAGCGUAUGCUGAACUUUGUCCAAAAUAUUCAGUACUACAUGAUGUUUGAAGUGAUGGAGCCAACAUGGCAUAUAAUGGGGAAUAACUUGAAAUCUGCGUCAAACAUUGAUGAUGUGUUGUGUCACCACACAAGCUUCCUGGAUAACUGUCUGAAGGACUGUAUGUUAACAAACCCAGAGCUGCUCAAGAUCUUCUCCAAGCUGAUGUCUGUGUGUGUCAUGUUCACCAACUGCAUGCAGAGGUUUACCCAGAGUAUGAAAUUAGAUGGUGAGAUGAGUCGCCUAACAGUGGAACAUGGAACAAUGAGAGGUCCUCCAACACAGAAUGAACGUACUGAGGAAGCUGAAAAGAAAAAGCUCACUUCCAAAUAUUUAUCGGAGCAUGUGGAUGCCCUUCAGUCAGCGGCAGGAUUUGAAGGAACCAUCAACAAGUUUGACAGUAAUUUUUCUACACAUCUGCUGGAUCUACUGGACAGACUGAGUGUUUACAGUACCAAUGACUGUGAACAUAGUAUGAUCAACAUCAUCUACAGAUUGGACUUCAAUGGAUUCUACACAGAGCGUCUUGAGCGAAUGUCUGUAGAAAGGAGCCAAAAGACAGCUCCUCCAGGGGCUCCUAGGGCCCCGGUGUCAACCCAUUAAAUCAUUGAACAUCGCAUGACUGUAAAUAGUGUUUAUUCAGAAAAGUUAAUAAUUCAAUAAAUAUUUUUAGUUGCAAAAGUGUUCAGUUAUUGAUAAAAAGUCAAGAAAGAAGUGGGGGGGGGGCAUGAGCUGAGCAACAUGUUUACCACAAACCAAAAGUUAUAAAGAAAAAAAAUGGAACACUCAACAUGCAUUCACCUUUUAGUGCAUUAUUAUGGGUGUCAUCCCACAGCUUGCUGUAUAUUAUCUCUUAAACUGGAUUUGCUACUUAAUCUGUUAACCAUAUUUGUAUUUUUUCAAAUGGGAUUUACCUCUAAAAAAAUAUAUUGUCCAAGGCAAUUCUAAUGUGUUCACAAGAUUUCUUGUUGACUGGUAGAAAGGAAGGGACAAGGAAAUCCAAACUGAUGGCUCAAGAGAGACCCAAAACCUCAGAGCAGGAUACAAUCGAGUACUCUUUUUAGUUUUGGGGGAAAAAGUAAUUGUGUUUCUCAUUCCAUUAUUUGGGUUGUACAAGUCCAGCUGAAUAGUAAUGGCAUCUUACAUUGUUUUACUCAUUCCUAAUUACCAGCAGAUCAUGUAUUCCUUGCUUUAUCCUUCUGGUUUUAAGGUUAAAGGCUAAGGUCCUCAUGUGUGGUUUGGAGAUGUCUGCUUCCUCUGCCUUGGAACAUAUUAUUGAGGUUGCUUGACGAACCAAGCCAGCUUUUAGGUCAUCUUGACUUCCCAAGUAAUCUCUCUUUUCUACAUUUUCUGCUUCAGUUGAAUUGAAGUAGGAAAUGUAGGGAAAAUGAUUGCCUAUCUUUACCACUCUCAGUUAAAUACAAUGUUAAAGCAAUUUAAGUUAUUUUUCAAAUGUAUUAAAAGGAAACAAAAUGCACGUUUUUUUUUAGUUCAUUGGAUUUUAAAUGUGUGUACGGUUUCUCAACUAUCAUAACUUUAGACUGGUGUGAAAAUAAUUAUUUCUGUGUCAUGGUGCCUUUCAUCAUGUGUACAUUAUUAUAUCAGUGUUUACCAAUAAACACCCUCGAGACA